UGAUCCCAAAGGGAAAACCAUUGUGGCGGGCUUCGAGGAUGGUGUGGUUCGGGUGCUGCACUUCGGGGAGAAUCCCGAGCCGGAUCCAACCCGGAAGGCAAAACACUUCGCGUUGCUGGAUCUCGGCCAGGCCUUGAAGCCACAUGUGAAAUCAGUCACUUCAAUGGCCUAUAACAAGAACGCAACUUACUUUGUAACCGGAAGUGAGGACGAAACGAUAUUCUUCUUCUCGGUCAGUGGGAAGAUGCUCAGCCCGAUCGGGUUCUUCAAUGUUGGAGGCGCCGUGGCCAAAGUUGAAUGGAUUCCAAGCAGGGAUGAAGAGCGUGGUGAUGUUCUGGUUUAUCUGCGUCUGGGAUGUGUGAUCAAGGUUUCAUGUCCCUCAAUGGACGAAGUCGACCACAGCAAGUCCUUCAUGCUUGCGAAUAUUCAACCUACUGGUGGAUUCAAUCUGUUGAGUAUCAAAUCUCGUCUACUGCAUGAUGAGGAUUCUGCAGAGAAAUUACGGCGUUAUGAAAACGAGAAGAAAAACCGAAUGGAAAUACGCAAAGCUCGAGCUGAACGUGAGCCGGAAACAGAGGAGGACGCACAACGUUUGGAUGACGAAGAAGAACUGAUUCGUCAAGGUGUGAUGUCCGAGAUCGCAGACUGGGCACCGACUUAUCCAUCUGAACCAUCACCGAUUGCUUACGGCACUUUGGAUCCGAAUGAUCCAAACUAUUUUUGGGUUUCAAUGGACAAUUUUGACUCAGGCUAUCUGUACAAAUGCCGUCUCAGUGAUCCUCCAAUGUCUGUUCAAGACGCUUUUGACCGAGCCAAAGCAGAGGUGCAGAAAAUGGCCGAUUUGGCGACUGAAAAUACCUCUAAUCCACCUGAAAUGCCCACACUAGAGGAUAUGGAAGCAAUAGAUAAGCGAUUGAUUCCCAGCGAACCGGUCGAGGCAGCUCGAGUGAACGGACGGACCACAAUCACCUACUGGAAGUUCUCAGGUUCUGGAAAGCGUUUGUUGAUCGGUAUGAAAGAUGGAACCAUUCGUGUACAACUACUGGAACGUCCAUUUGAUAUGACCAGUUUUUCUGGCUAUUGGAAUUUUCGGAUGCAUGAUUGCACCCGGGGAGGAGUAAAUCGCAUAACACUAUCGCAUGAUGAAAAGUUCCUCAUGAGUAUAGGUGACGAUGGCACAUUCUUUCUUUGUGAACUGAUGUCGGAAGAGCUACAGAACAAAGAGAUUACAGAGUUUCGGGCACGCAUUCCGUCGGCUUACGAAGCACAACUAAACGUUGAUGAUAUCGCAGACCCGAAAGCUCAGAGCAUUGAACAAGCAAAACAAAAGGCUGAGUACGAUCGGUUGAUCAGUUUGGCCGAGCAAAAGAAAGCGGAAACUCGCAAAAAGGUGACCGAGUUACGUCUUCGUUUUCGACGCCUGAAGGAACAAAAUGAACGCCUUCCGGAACGCAUCAGACUAUCCAAGGAGGAUUUCAACUUGGUCCCUCAAAUAAGAGAUGAUCUCUUAAAGGAUAGAGCUUCGAAGAUUGAUCUGGUUUAUCGGGAGACUGCUUGGUUGUCCGAGAAAUGCCGACUUGCUCUAGAGAAGCUGCAUAACACUUUUCGAAAGCCCUUGGAUUUCGAACGUGUUGUGGUGCAUGCAUUCUGCACUGGUCAUUGUGUUGCUUCUGUCCGUACAAACCGGCUGAGCGAGGAACAUAAUGAGGCGAAACACGAUCUGGCACGAAUCAAGGCCGAGCGACUGGCUCGUACUUUACAUUUGGAACAGCGAACAUCACAACUAGAAGGAACUGCUAUAAGAGCGGCCAAUUUGGAAGCGAGUCGAUCAGCGGCGGAAGGGUCUCAGCAACAAAUGAAAGGCGCACGGGGACUACGAAUCGCACGCCAAUUGCACGUACUCGAAGAGACGCAACGGAAACGUCGAGCCAGACGUGAACAGUGGGCGACUCUUUUGGCCAUGAAACCGGCCGACGAUUACGAGGACCCCGAGGAUCUGAAGGCCAUUGCUCAGGCUAAAGAGCGCAUGGGUGAUUUUAAACUGAAGUCUUCGCAAGAUUACGUGGUACCGGAACGAGCAACACUGAAUGCAUUCGAGGCUAAAUUGCGACUUGUGGAGAUGGUGGAAGAGGCAUUCAAACUCCGUCACGAAUUCAACGCAUCAGUUGUUGCACUGAGGGACAAGAAGAAAAAAAUUAUCGAGGAAUUGAACAAAAUAGAUGUACAACUGGAAGAACUGCAAGACUUUUUGCCGCAAAACGAAGCACUGCUAAGACUGCGUAUACCCGGCCUGCUGCCGGAGGAAUUUCCAGAAAAGUGA